AUCCUAUCCGUGUCGAUGAGGGGAAAAGAAGCUAAACAUUUGAAGAUGAGUUUCUGUCCACAGAUAUGCGGGAGGAAAAUGCCUCUCCAAAUCCAUAAAAAUUCGAAUUUGAUUUCGUCAUAAUCAUAUCAACAGUCUCUCAUCAACCGUUUUCAAUCGAAAUCGAAUCCCAGUAAUUUCAUUAUUGAUCGAGCAAAACUAAUGGGUGCAAUCGCCACUCAAACAAGAUGUUUGAAAUCAACACCAUCUUCUUCAACAUCUAUCUGUUGUUAUUCAUCAGACGAUAAACCUUCUCCUUCACACGUUUUCCUCCCCAGAGAGGGAUCAUAUUUGUCGAAACAGAAGUCAUUUUUGAGUGGAGAAUUCCACAUAAACCAAUUUCUCCGAAUAGAUUCUACCAGACGACGACUAAGAAAGCGUUUAGGGUUUGUUUGUGUUCUUCCAUUAACGGAAGAGAAUGUGGAGAAGGUAUUGGAUGAGGUGAGGCCUGGACUUAUGGCGGAUGGAGGGAAUGUUGUGUUGCAUGAGAUUGAUGGUCUUGUUGUUGUCCUUAAACUCCAAGGUGCAUGUGGCUCCUGUCCCAGUUCAACAAUGACACUCAAAAUGGGAAUCGAGACUCGACUCAGAGAUAAAAUUCCUGAAAUUAUGGAUGUUGAGCAACUCAUUGAUACAGAAACCGGACUCGAUUUGAAUGAGGAGAAUGUUGAAAAGAUACUUGCAGAGAUUAGGCCAUACUUGGUAGGCACAGGUGGUGGAAUUCUGGAGUUUGUAGAAAUCAAAGACUACAAUGUUAAAGUCCGACUCAGUGGGCCUGCAGCAGGGGUGAUGACAGUUCGUGUUGCAUUGUCACAGAAACUCAGAGAAAAAAUACCUGUUAUCACAUCCGUUCAAUUGAUAGACUAACAAACAACAUGUAAUGUUCAUAUUUUUGCUAUA